AGAACAACUUCCGCUCCUUUUCCCCCGCGCGCAUCUUCAAGUGAUCCUCGAGCGCAACAACAAAUCGAACGUCCAAGUCCGCGAGCUCAUUAAGUCACGAGCCCGUUAUGUUUACAAGUAAGCGCCUCGCUGUUUUGUGAACAACAUGUCAAAUCACGUAAACUGUGAAACACCUGAGAAACAGUCGGCGGCUGACUGCGAGUACGAUGCGGACAACUUGGAGUCAUUCAUUCAGUCAUCGUUUAUAAGAGUUGAAUAUUACAGGUCCUUUGAGUAUAGUGUGAAGUGGAAAUUAGCAAUGUAUCCCAGACGCUCCUCCAGACCACCAAAGGCUUCCAAGAGGAGUCCCCAGAGAAGCCCCAGUCCGAGUGAAGACGUUAUCCAGCGCAGGUGGAGGGGUAAGAGACGAAGGACGGGACUGAGGGAGACCGAAGCAGACGACUGCGACAUCAUCGACAUCAUCGACAUCAUCAACGGCACGCCUGUCGCCGAGGAGGAGGAAGUAAAGUUUGUAGAGGUGACGGAUGAUGGUGUCGAUAAUUCAGACGACUGUGGCUCUGUCUCCAGCAUAGCCUCUGGUCCUUCCUUCCUCCAUAACAAUGUCUCUACCAAGAAACUGAGGCCUUCACAGGGCUUGUGCUCAGCCUGUAAGACUCUCUACCAGAAGACAAGAAAGAUGAAGGCACCGAUGAAAAAUAAGCUCUUAGACAAUGAUCCCAAGUCCCUGACAUGUGACCAGUGGGUCCUGAUCAAGAGCUGGAGACCAAGGAGGCUGCCUAAUGCAAGAGGGAAGCUUUUGAUCUGCCUACAGCUGGUCCAGAAAAGACUUGCGGCCAAGAACGGUGCAAAGCGACCUGCGCAGUGUGUGGGAGAAUCAUCAGCCUGCUUCAGGCCGCACGCAUUCCUUCAGAGGAACCUUAGGUGGUGUGUCAGAGUGCCAGUGAAAAAGGAGAGGAAGAAGAACAGGAGGAAGUGGAUAAGAGGAGGUUCUCAGGGUCGCCAGCAGCAGCGUCUCCACAGCAACAAUCCUGGCCAACGCAUCAGUGUGAGCUUGACCAGCCCUUCUGGGUUUGAGGCUCACGGUGAUCAAGCAGACAGAAAUCUGACUUUAAAGUUGAUUCCCUCCACGGUCGCCGUGGAAACCACCAAGCCAAUAGAGGUCCCACCCAAGAAGAAAGCGCCAAAGAAGACGGGUGGAUUAAGAGACUUGCUUGCCCAGUUGCGUGGCAACAGCAGCAUGAUCGUCAGAGAAACACGCUAGCGCUGUGACUCUUUUGUUCAGCCUAUAAUUCUGUUCUGAAUAUUAGUCUGGAAGUUUACCUGGAGGCACACACUCGUGUUUAUUGACAAAGUUCUGCUGCAGUUUCACGUACGUGCACGUAAUUUCAAACUGGCAUUUAUUUAAAGUUUCAUUCAACAGGAUGAUUCUGAAUAAAUUAUUAGUUUUUUUUAACAUUGAUGCUGUUUUUAGCGUAUCGCUAAAUAGAACUACAUGAAUACUAAUGAGUAAGAUUAGAAAAGCUGUGUCCAAAUUACAUUCGACAUACUAAUACUUUGAUGGUGUGGUGGCUUCACACCAGAGAAGUGACAACAAAAAUGUUAUGUGCUGUUGUCCCACAAUGCUUGAUUUCCAACAGUUUACAGUUGCAUAUUUUCCUCUUUGUAAGGAAUAUCACAUUUUGUAUUUUGUAUAAUAACUGCAAAAACUAUAAAGAUCAAUUGUGUAUAUGGAAUAGGACGCAGUGUGUGCCCGCUCUGUCUGAAUGAACACCACUGUGUACACUGAAUAUUAAAUUAAUAAAUAUUUCCUGGUGGCAA